AUCUAUUUGCUUUUUCUCCAAACAAGCUCAGAUUGUGUCCGGGUUCUGAAGCUUAAUGAAGCUCGUACUCUAGAGCUUCGUCUAAGAUGGAGCACGUAUAAGCAGUGCCCACCUAGUAACGUUAGCAACAUACCACUCAUUUCCAACGCUUUCGAUUUCGUAGAUUCAAGAUGCUGGCCACUACACUUCUUGCGCUCGCGCUUGCCGCAACCGGUCUUGCCCAGGUCCCUGAGGGCUACCGCAAGGUCUACAUCACUUCGAAGCAGGAUCAAAAGUUCGUCAUCGUGCCCAAAACGCGAACAAAUGGCAGCACUCUCGUUGUCCAAACACUAACCUCGAAACCCGAGCAACAAUGGUAUAUCAAGGCCAACGAAACGCACAUUCGACUUGCAGAUACAACAUUCUGCCUGGAUGCCGGGCCUAAGACCGCCUGGAAAGACAUGGCGAAUAUCUAUCUCAGGGAAUGCGCGGACAAUGAGCAGCAGAACUGGAUCGCCAAGGAUGAUGGGAGGAUCGCUUUGGCGGCAUCGCCUGGUACACAGCAAUGCAUCGAUCUCCAGUAUCUGAAGGCUACGCAGAACAAUCCUGUUGGACUGUACAACUGUGCGGGAUUAGGAAAUACGGGUGCGGCGGAUAAGGGUAUCAACUGGCCGUUGGUCAAUGCUACUGCCUAAAGUAGAAAGUGUACCUGCACUACUUGGAGGAGACAACCCCAAAGCAAAUUGGGAAAGCAAAACUAUCUUGGGCGUCGAGAUGUAUAUACAUGUAUAUAUUGCCGCAGCUACUUUCAUACACACGACCAACUUCGUACUAUACUCCAGCCCAUUAUGAAUCACUACGUCAUAACUUAGUUGGGCCGAAAACCUACAACCACCCAGGUCGCACUAGAGCCGACUCCUACCCUGCGCCUUGUCCUUUCUCUUCUGCUCAAGUACCUCUUCCACCCUCGCAAACUGCUCGUAGUAUUUCAAGCUCUCCGGAUUCGCCAGCGUCCCGCUCGGUUUGAUAAUCUUGCCAGAAACGAUCUGCUUAACCGGUAACUCAACCUUCUUCAGAUUCACCGUAGUCUACAAUACUGUCAGCGAGUGCCUACGAAAGGAUCUAGUUCCG